CAUGUCCCUCCUAUGGUGGUGACUGACCUGUUUGAGGACAUUAAAGAUGGUGUGAUGCUGCUGGCCCUGCUGGAAGUCCUCUCUGGACAGAAACUGCAAUGUGAGCAGGGUAAGAAGCUAAAGAGGAUCCACUGGGUCGCCAAUAUCGGUACCGCUCUCACCUUCCUUGAGGGCAGAAAGAUCAAGCUUGUGAACAUCAACUCCACAGACAUUGUUGACGGACGGCCAUCAAUUGUGUUGGGGUUGGUGUGGACGAUCAUCCUCUAUUUUCAGAUUGAAGAACUUACCAGUAGCCUACCAGCACUGCAGGCCUUGUCCAGCAGCACGUCUUCUCUGGACAGCUCCAACAGCAGCACUGAGACCACCAGCCCACCUGUCAAGAGGAAACCUCUCCCACCUUCUCAAGGCGGAGCCAGAAAGGCCCUGCUAAGAUGGGUCCAGCAUACAGCCACCAAACGUAUGGGGAUCGAGGUGAAGGACUUUGGCCCCAGCUGGCGCACAGGGCUAGCUUUUUAUGCAGUCAUUCAUGCCCUUCGUCCAAAUCUUGUUGACAUGGAGCAUGUAUGGGGGAGGCCCAACCGAGAAAACCUGCAAGAAGCUUUCCUAUUGGCUGAGACAGAGCUUGGCAUUCCACAACUACUUGAUCCAGAGGAUGUUGAUGUAGACAAACCAGAUGAAAAGUCCAUAAUGACAUACGUAGCCCAGUUCCUGAAGCAUCAUCCUGAUCGAAAUCAGAGCGACUCAGAUGGACAACAAGAAGAAGAGGUAACCAGUAGUCUGAUUUACAUCAGUCUGGACACAACGUUUUAUAGAGAGCAGCGAAAGAGCCUGAGGGAGCUCAAAAUGUGGCUCGACCAGCUGGAGAGAGACGCAGUGCAGGCCCAGGAGACUGAGGGCAAUCUCGCUCAACAGUACCAGUUAUUUAAGAGUCUUCAUGUGCAGUUGGAGAUGAGGCGCAAGCUGGUGGACGGAGCUUUGCAGUCCACUCAGAAGGAUGGGAUACUCACUGUGGAUCAGGCUCUGGUCAAACAGGCGUGGGAAAGGGUCUCUAAAAGGCUCCUGGACUGGCAUCUGCACCUAGACAGGUCUCUGCCGACUCCUCUGGAUGCAGUCGGGAUGUGGCUGCAUGAAGCUGAAGGAGCCCUGCGACAGGAGAUUGUUGUCCAGCAGGCACAUGAUGUGACAGCCACCACUGUCCACAGAGCUCUGGAGCAGCACAAGGAUGUGUUAAAGAGAUUGGAAAGCCACCAGCAGAUUUUUCAGAGGAUCCAUAAAGACAGGAGUGUAGAUGGAGUUCCUGUUCCUCCGGACCAGCUCCAAGACAUAGCUGAGAGGAUGAACUUUGUCUCCACGUCUUCAAGCAUCCAUCUAGCAAGAAUGGAAUAUUUGGAGAACCAACACCACAUGCAGGCCUUCCUCACCCUAACAGAGUCCAAGCUCAAAUCCUGGAUUAUAAAAUAUGGCCGACAAGAGUCUGUGGAAGUGAUGCUCCACAACUAUUCUUCAUUUGUUGAGAAGCAGCAUUUCUUUGAAAAAUACGAGGCAUUGUUCCAGUCCCUGAAACGUUCUGCUGAGGUCUACGUCAGCGCUGACAGCUCAGUGGAUGAGGGCGAGAUGGGAGUGCGCAGAUUCAUGCGAGAGGUGGUGACCCAGUGGAGGAGUCUGUCCAUGGAGGUCCGCAGUGUGAGGAGCAUGCUGGAGGAGGUGCUCUCUAACUGGGAGAGAUACGGCUCCUCUGUGGCCUCCUUACAGGCCUGGCUGGAGGACGCAGAGGAAGCCCAGAGCCAGCCAGAAAACACAAAACGGGAGUUUUUCAGGGAUCUCAGCCACUGGAUGGAUCAGCAUGCAGCCAUGAACGACGCCGGGAAUUUUCUCAUCGAGACGUGUGAUGAGGCCACGUCGCUUGAACUCAAGCAGCAGCUUCUACUGUUGAAUGGACGGUGGAGGGACCUCUUUCUUAAAGUCAAACAAUACGCCCGUGCAGAUGAGCUGGAGAAGUGGAGAAAAGACCAUUUAAGGGCUGUGACGGCCCUUAAAGAGCUGCUGGACACAGCAGAGGCCAAACUUAAUGCUCCUGUUCAGGUGUCCUUCCUUAAUGUGAGAGGCUUUCUGCAGGACGUGGAGAAUACCAAGCAAAAGGUUGUUUCUAUGGAGACACAGUACAAGUUGGCUGCCCGCAGUGCUCAGCUUCUUGCCAAAGAUGCUCCACAGGAUGAAGCUGCAAGGGUCAUGGCAACUAUGGCAACAGCCAAAAGUCAGCUGAGUAAGGUGCGAGAGCGGUGUCCCUCCCUUGUGAGGGAGUGUCACAUCCUUCUGCCGCAGCUGGAAGAGAUGGAGAAACACAUCACUGCAUUUUACCAAGCCCUGGAGAGAGCAAGUCGCAUCACCGCUGCUGCCAGAGACAUAGACUCACAGACACAAACCCAGCAAAAACAGAAGUGGCAGGAUUUGUUAAACCAGCAGCAAACUUGUAAACGGUGCCUAUCAGUGAUAGAGAGAAACAAUCACACCCUGCAGAGGUCGCUCUCCAACAGUAAGGUGCUCCGAAACUUCGACCUGUCCAUGCUUCAAAAGAGAGUGUCUGAAAUACAAGCCUCAGCACAGGCUUUGCUGAAGGAGGUCGGGGAAUGGAGACGGCAGGAAGAGGCGAAUAAUUGCCUAAGGAGGAGGUUUGAAGAAUCAAGACAAGAGCUGGAGAGAGUGCUGAACAAAGCUCAGGGCUGCUUGAGAGAGACUGGAGAUGCUGAGGAAUUACUGAAGAAACACAGCGAGUUUUUGGGCCAGCUGGACCAGCGAGUGCUGAGCGUGUUCUUGAAGGCGUGCGAUGAGCUGACGGACAUCCUGCCCCAGGAGGAGCAGGAGGGUCUGCAGGAAACUGUCCGCAGGCUGCACAAACACUGGAAGGACAUCCAGGCUGAGGUACCAUCUCACCUGCUCCGUCUGAAGGUGGAGGUGGAGCGGAGUCGAGUCGAUGUGAUCAUACAAGACUGCCGAGCAGAGUUGGGCAGAGAAAUGCAAGCCCUGUCAGGCACCUGCACCAGUGAGAGAGUGAUCAAAGAGCACAGAACUUUUUUCAGAGAACGCAAACCUCUGAUUUUGUGCGAGAAGAGGAUUAGAAACAUGGAGGAUCUGUGUCAGAAGUUGCCUGACAACGACCCGGCUUAUCGUGUGCUCGACUCCACUAGAAGGGUUGUAGAGGAAGUUACAGAGCAAAUCAAGAGCGCCCACUUUAAGCUGGAGCAGCACCCUGAUAAAUGGAAAGAAUGGAACGAGAGGUUCUGUGAGCUUUCUGAUUGGGUCUCAUCUCAAAGGAGGCAGGUGAGACUCUUGAAAGAGACAGCAAGAAAUCCCAGCCACAAGGAGCAAGUUGAUGCUGCAGUUCAGGCUCUACAGGAAGCAAUAGAUGCCCGAGAGGAGAGCCUGCUGUGGCUGAAGACUCGUCUUUCUGGGCUAUCAGAGGUUAGCUCUGAACUGGAGGCCCAAAGACAGAGAACAGCUCUCGCCAAACUCUCUACUGACCUGCGGGCUCUCUUUUCUUCACUCUGUCAGUGGGGUGAGGAGGGCUCUGCUAUGUUUCAGUACGAGGAGCUGAGGGAGGAGGUGCACGGUGCUCUGGAGGAGGUUCUGAGAGCACGCAGGGAGGCUGAGGAGCAGACCAGCAGGAUUCUGGAUGCUGAAGGCCUGGAAGAGGCAAAACAACUUUAUAUUUUUCACCAGUUGCAGAAAGGGGAGACACUCAGCGAGUCCCUCAGGGAGCUGGAGGGAGCUUUCAGAGAAGUCGACCGUAAAUCAGAGGCGAAAGAGCACAACCUGCAGGCAACUCUGAGCUCCUGGCAGAGUUUUGAAGCAGACAGAGAAACAGUUUGGAGGUUCAUCAGCAAUACCAACACAGAACUGCACAAAGAACUUAUCUUCAACAACAUAGACAGUCUGAAAACUGAACUGGAGCAUAACAAGGAGCUCCUAACAAGGAGUGAAGAGUUCUCCUUACAAACAGAUCUCCUCCUUGAAAAGGCAGCAGAGAUUCAGCUGGGUCCGAAGAAUCAGACUUUUCUUCUGCAGCAGGCCCAAUCCACCAGAGAAGCAGUCACACAACUGCAAGACCACCUAAACAAGAAUGUUGUCCAGCUGGAGGUGAUGUGUAUGCAGUGGGAGCGCUUCAGCAAUGAGUCAGAGGCCUUUUCUCUGUGGAUUAACAAGAAAGAGGAGGAGUUAGAUGCUGUUGGCACGUCCUCAGAUCCUCUGGACAAGCACAUCAGCAAAGUGGAGGCUGUCGAGGAAGGUUUAGAAGAGAGAAGGGCAGCCCUGGCUCACAUGGAGGCAGACUGUGAGGCCUUGUUGGGCUUCGUGACCCCUGGAGAAGCUGGCAGUAUUCAGGCACGGCUCAUGCAGAUGAGGCACAGCUGGGAAGAGAUGAAGGAGAGAGUCGAACAGCUGGGUGGGCGGCUCAACCAGAGUGCCGCACACAGGCAGAGAUACAAUGAUAACCUUGAGCAGGUCAAGAAAACAAUAAGUGAUCUGAAAAAGAAGCUGGAAAGUCCAGUGACACAUUGCACAUCAUCAUGUGAGACUUACAAAAUCCUCCAGGAUCAUCUGGAGGUCUGCCAGUCUGUCGAGCAGCUGAACCCCAGACUGAUGGCUUUGUGCUCAGCCAUGAAGAGGCUUGGAGAGGGCAGCCAGCUGGAAGAAGAGGUGGCUAACCUCCAGAAACAACAGGCUGAGUUUAUGGCAAAAGCCAUGGAAAAGCAAUCCACGUUAGAGAGCCUUCUAGCACUUUGGCAAAGAUUUGAAAAGGAGAUUUCAUCCAUGAAAGGCUGGUUGGAAAGAUGUGAGUCUAUUUGUUGUCCAGACUCUGACCUGUUCUCUGCAGACAAAGUUAAGCUCAAGAAUGAACUGCUUAAUGUACAGGAAAUGCAGACAGAGGUGCCAUCCUAUGAAGUUCUCCUCCAUGGUCUUGUGAAUCUGGGGCUCUGCCUGUACCCAACAGCGCCUGAGGAUCGUGUACAAGAGCUCAGUGAUGAUCUAAAGCAAAUACAAGAGAGAUGCACUGCUUUGAAGAACAACAUAUCACACAGACUGGAGCUGUUGAAGCCUCAGGUAUCACAGUUAGAGCAGUUCGAUCAGGCUCUGCUAACUCUGACCCAAAGGAGUGAAAGCUUCCUGUCAGGCCUGAGAAGCUCUUCCCAGGUUGAUAUUGCUGAUCUUGAGGCUGCGGUUACAAAGCUGAAGGAGCAUGAGAUGCAACUGCAGAAUUGUGCAUCAAUGAGAGUCUCACUGCAGGAACGAGAGUCGUCCCUGCUUCGCUGCUCCACCCCAGAGGCCCAGCAGCAGCUGCAGGGCCGGAGAGAAGACUGCCUGCAGCCCCUCAUUGAAUCCCAGCGUCUCCUUUUUCUCCGCCAUGAGUGUCUGACUGAAUUAAAGACUUUCCUUGAGAAGCACAGAGCGGUGGCGAAGGCUGUGCGUAGACUUCAUGAGGCAGUGGAAGGAAGGGGCAGCUGGGACCGCUCCAAGGCUGAAGAGCUGCAUCAUGGGAUAGGGGAAGUGGCUAAAGACUUGGCGCGCCUUGAAGCGGAGGCGGUGGGAUUGGAUGGUCAGUUAAGCAAAGCCCAGUUUUACCUGUGUGGGGCAGAGAGGCAGAGCUACAAAAGUGAAGAUAAUCCGCGUGGAAGAACAUCAUGCAGGGGGCAGGCAGUGGCUCUGACCAUGGCUCUGGAGGAGGUUCAGAGAGGUGUGGGGUGGAGGCAGAGUGAAGCAGAUGCCCUAGGCGCUCUAUGGAGCUCCUUCAGGGAGAGGAGGGAGGAGGUGAUGAAGAAUUUGAAAAAACUGGAGGAUGAAGUGAGGCAAGAGGGGGUGCGAGAGAGCACAGUACAGGCCUUUCAAAACAGGCUGCGUUUCUUCAUCCAGCUGGAGGAUGAGCUCCGGUCCCUGCAGCACUCCCAGCGAUGGUUAGAGGAGAAGGGAAGCCAGCUGGCCCAGAGAGACAGCGAGCUGGCCGGGGAAGCUCUCAGGGAGGUGACACUUGUGAAGGCAGCCUGGGAGAACAUCAGGACUCUGAUCACCAAAGGUCAGGAACAGUGUGGAGUUUUGGUUGAUCUUCUCCGCCAGUUUCACCACCUGAAGUUGAUGCUCACUAAUGUUGUUGAGACAGCUCAGGCUGUUGCUCACAAUCUCCCCGACCACAAUCAUGAUGCUCAGGAAGCCAAAAGAACUUUCACACGACAUGAAACAGUGCAGUCUGAUCUGAAAGAAAAGCAGGAGGAUAUGGAUCAGCUCAUCAGCACAGUGGAAGACCUGCAGAGAGAACUGGAGAAGAUUCCCAACUCUGAUACGAGCGCCAUCCAGAGAGACAUGGAGACAUUAAGAGACCAGUGGCUUGAGGUGUCAGAGAGGAUACAGACCAACACAGAGAGACUAGGCUACUGUGUGAGCCUGUGGGAUGACCUCAAGGCCAUGGAGCAGGACAUUAACCAGUGGAGUGUUAAUUCUCUUGCUGAUGUCACUGACAGUGUCACCGAUCUCAGCGAUAAAGAGAAAACAGAGGCCUAUCUCGCUACCUUUCAGGCCGAGGUUGAGAAGAGAGAGCAGGCGUUGGAUGUCCUGCAGGAGAGAGUGACAGAACUGAAGGAGCGAGCAAAGCUGCAAGAAACCCCAUUGCAGAUGCAGGUUCUGGAGUCAGACCUGAAAAAGAAAAUGGCCCAUGCACAGGAGGUGUACAACCAGGCCAAACAUACUCUGACCUACUUCAGUUUCCAGAAGCAGCGACUGGAAGAUCUCAUGUCCCAGAUGGCCGAGCGGCUGAAGGCAGUCGAAGGUUCCUUAUCAGAUCUCAGUGAGGCUACUUCUCCUGAAGACAUUGGCACAGUUAAGGACCUGCAGAGUGUUGUGCAGCAGCAGAGGGCAGACAUGGACUCAGCAAGAGAUGCCCUAAGUGCUCUGUGCAGGUCUCAUCCCUCUCAGGAGCUGUCAUGUCUUUCCUCUGAGCUAACUUCCAUCGCAAAGCGAACUGAGGCUGUAGCCCAGCGCUGUGCAAAGACCAGGGGCAACCUGCAGGAUGGGUUGCAGCUCCACUUCAACGAGCUCGUUCAAGACUUUCACUCCUGGCUUAAAGAUCAGAAGUUGGAGCUUAAUGAUUGUUCUAAUCAAUCAGGGGAUGUUGAAACUCUUGGAGCCAAGUUGCAUAGGAUAAUGGUGUCAGUCAAGCAAAUAUCAGAAGGAGAGGAGCGUCUCUCUCAGGUUCGUGAAGAAGCAGAGAGGCUUCUAGUCCACCUACCUAAAGCUGGAGCGGCACAGGUUCAAGAGCAUUUCUCCUCCUGUAAGAGAGAGUGGAGGAACUACCUGGACAGCUGCUCUCAGAACCAACAAGAGUUGGAAGAGAGUAUUGAACUUCUGAAAAAUUUUAAUAGCUGCGUAGAGAGUAUAAAGGACUGGCUGAAGCAGAUGGAUCUCAGCCUGAAGAGCGAGCCUGUUUUAGGGGCAGAAAGCCAGCAGGGAGCCAUGGACGCCACUGAAGAACUGGAGAGGAUGGAAAACCUCCAUAAGGAACUGCUCGAAAGAAGGGAUUCCAUUGAGCAUCUCUGCCAGGAGGCCCAGUCGCUGUCUGAAGCGGGCCGGGGGUCAGGAGGAGAGGUCAGAGUAACAAGCCAGCUCCAGAUGGAACACCAGGCCCUGCUGAAAGCCUCCAGGGAGAGAGUGCGAGGCUGCCAGGAGAGCCAGGCCUUCGGAGAGACCCUCCAAGGAGUCUGGGCCUGGCUGGAGGAGAUCCAGGAGAGACUGGGGACAGUGGACAGCACCAUGGGGACCAAAGAGCAGCUAGAGCAGAGGCUGGAGACUGUGCAGGACAUCCUGCUUUUGAAAGGAGAGGGUGAGGUCAAGCUGAAUAUGGCAAUGGGUAAGGGUGAGUUGGCCUUGCGGAGCUAUGGAGCUGCCGGACAGGAGGUGGUGCGCUCUCAGUUGCAGGAAGUGGAAGAUGCUUGGGCGACACUGCUUGUGACUGCCAUGAGCUGCCACAGUCGACUGGAGUGGACUGUGUCACAGUGGGGUGGAUACCUAGAGAGUGCUGCACAACUACGAUGCUGGAUGGAGGCUGUGGAACGGGAGGUGUGCGCCCCUCUCACUCCUCAGCCUGGGCCCAGAGAAAAGGCCACCCAGCUUGAGAGACUCAGAGCCCUGUUGGCUGACCUAGAGGACCACCAGGUGGCACUGUCCAGCCUGGAAGAAAAAGCCAGAGAACUGUUCAAAAAGACAGGUGAUGCUGGCUUUAACCACGGAGCCCGCACUCAGCUGCAGGCACAGUUUGAUGACCUCACAGCUUUGGUAGAGGAAAGAGUACGUCUUGCUCAGGCAGUGGUGUUGGAGCAUCAAGAAUACCUGGAAGCUGUCAGAGAGCUCACUGACUGGCUGAUGACUGCAGGAGAAGAGCUGCAGCACUGGUCGGAUACAUCAGGAGACUCUGUCUCCAUCAAAAAGAAACUGUCAGAAGUGAGGGAGCGUGUGGAGUGUCGGCUCCUGGAGGGCCGAGAGCGCUUGACUCGGGUGCGUCGGAGCGCUGCGUCGACAGCGGAGCACACAGCAGCGGGCGGCUGCGAGGCCAUGGACCGACAGCUGGGGGCGCUGUCACAGGCUCUGGAGCAGUGGGAAGGGGCAGCACUGAGGGCACGGGACGGUCUCGAGGGGGCUCUUGCUGCUGCUGCUGCAUCAGAGGAGGAGUAUGACCGCCUCACGGCCCGCCUCGAAGAAGAGCUGAAGGAGCUUGACGGACGACUGAGGGGGUGGAGCCAGGAGUUGAUCAAAGCUGAGGGGCGGAGCAACGGCGAGGAGGCGGUGGAGGGAUGGCAGCUGGCUAAGGACAUUCUGGAGGGCUUGCAGAGCGCCGAGCCGAUGGCAGAGAAGUUGAAGAGCCAGCUGAAUGACCUGGUACGAUACUCCAGGGACUUGGGCUCACAAUCAGACCGGGUCACUGCGCUUAUCAAACAGCACAACAGUCUCAGUCUUCGUGCGUCCAGGGAGUGUCAAAAUAAAGAGCGCUUGUUGGAGCAGAGGUUUCGUGCAGCCCUGAGAGACUUCCAGCAGUGGUUCGUCAACGCUAAAAUCAGCACAGCCAAAUGCUUUGAUGUGCCACAAAAUGUCUCAGAAGCCUCAACCGCUCUGGAAAGAAUCCAAGAGUUUUUGAGUGACAGAGAGCAUGGCCAGGCCAGGCUGAGUACAGUAGGAGCCAGUGGGGAGCUGCUGAUGGCUGUGGUAUCCAAAGACAGAGUGGAGGGAAUCAAGGCCAAGGUGGCGAAUGCCAGAGACGACUGGAAGAGCCUGAUGAAUAACCUGCAGACAAGGGAGGAUGCACUCAAGAACCUGCAGUCCCAGAUGACCGAGUUUGAGGCCAGUGCUGAGCCUCUGCAGGACUGGCUCAACAGCACGGAGCUCAGAGUACAGGAGAGCAGCGCUCGGUUACAUGACCUGCCGGCCAAGAAACAGGAGCUCAGCAAACUACAGUCUGUGCUGGAGGAUAUGGCGAGUCGGGAGGCAGAGCUGGGCCAGCUCAGAGAACGAGCUCAUAGUCUCUGGGAGGGUCAAGCAGCCGGCAAAGGCUUCGUCCAUCGUGUGUCUCAGCUGUCUGCACAGUACUUAGCUCUCAGCAACUUAACAAAGGACAAGGCCUCUAGGAUUGAGCGUAUUGUUGGGGAGCACCGCCUCUUCUCGCAGGGCCUCAAAGAGCUCCAGGAUUGGGUUUGUGAGGCUCAGAGGGUCCUUAGCACCUGCAUCUCCACCACCACUGACAAGGGUGUGCUAGAGGACCGGAUGUUACAGCUGGAGGCUUUACUGGCUGCUCGUCAGGAGAGGGAGAUCCAGCUUAAGAUGCUUCUGACGCGUGGAGAGGCAGUCCAGAGGAACACGUCAGCUGAGGGAGUCCCAGUGAUUCGUAAACAGAUCCAAGACCUGAAAGACUCAUGGGACUCGUUGCUAUCUGCUUCCAUUCAGUGUAAAAGUCAGCUGGAAGGUGCUUUGUCUCAAUGGACCAGCUAUCAGGAGGACGUGGGUCAGUUUGUGCAGUGGAUGGAGCGAGUUGAGGAGACACUCAGCUGCUCUGAUAGACAGUACUCUGAGAUGAGAGAUAAGACUGCGAACCUGGGAAAGACAAAGCUUCUCUAUGAAGAGGUUCUGAGUCACAGCAGUCCUCUGGAGACCAUUGCCACAAAGGGGUCCAAUAUGUCUGAACACUCCACUACACAGCAGGAGGUGCAGCAGCUGCAGUGUAGAUACAACGCUCUCAAAGAAAAGGCUAAGAAUGCAGUUGGUAAGGCCAAAGGUCUGGUGCUGGUCCACCAGGAAUAUCAGAGAGGGUUACAUGUGUUUGAGGACUGGUUGGAGCAGGAACAGGCCUCUCUGGCAUCAUUGUCCCACCCAGAGGGAAAUGUCGAAGCACUAGAGAAGACUCUGGAACAGCUACAGCUCCUGCAGGAACACUGCUCAAACGGUCAGUCUUUGCUCUCCUCUGUGCUGAGCAGCAGGGAGAGAGUAAUCCCCUGGGGCAUACCUCAAAUUGAGGACCGGGCACUGGACACAGCUCAGCAGGAGUGGGGGGCCUACCAAGGCCGUCUGGAGGAGACUCAGACCCAGCUGAGCUCCACACUGAGCAGACUGAGGCAAAUGGUCCAGAGGUUCCUGAGCCUGACCCAGUGGCUGGAGGAGAUGGAGACGGUGGCAAACAUCAGACAGCAUCGGAGGUCAGACAGAGUCACCAAGGGGAAUCAGCUGAAGAAACUCCAGGGGUGUCUUGAGGCAGUGCUUGCACGGCAGGGAGAAGUCGAUGGCCUUUCCUCGAUGGCACAGCAGGUCCUGGAGGAGACAUACAUCAGCAGUCGUGUCAGUGUUACUGCAACACAGCUCACAGCCCGCUACCAUUCCCUGCUGCUCAGCAUACAGGACACCAUAAAGCAGCUACAGGAGGAGCUGAGGAGCAUCGAGGAGGCUGAGAACCUUUGUGUCUCUUUUACUGACUGGCUCAGCUCCACUCAGAAAAACUUCACAGCAUUAACUGACUGCUCAGAACCUCUGGACCGGGUUGCCAUGGAGAGGAAGAUGAAGAAACUAGAGUCUCUCCAGUCCGAGCUCCAACAUGGUCAUAGUUUCCUGAAAUCCCUGAGAGAGCGGGCAGAGCAGGCAGCAGGCUUCCUGAACGAGGCUGGAGCUGAGAGUUUAGGAGGAGAGGUGGAGGCUCGUCUCAGUCAGCUAGAAGAGCUCGCAGGUGGGCUGAGGCAGGAGCACAGCUUUUUACAGCGGGCAUUACUGCUGGCAAAGGAAUUCCAAGACCGGUAUAAGGCUCAGGCCCAGUGGCUGGUGGAGACAAGGGCUUUGCUCAGCACCCCAGUGGAGCCCAAGGCUGAACUGUACCAGCGGAGAGCACUGCUAGCUAAGUACAAGGCUCUGUUACAGAUGGUUCAGUCCCAUGAUGGAUCCAUCAGGUCAGUGGUGGAGAAAGGAGAUGCUCUGCUUGCCUCUGUCCACUACCCAUCCAUCAGGGACAGAGUGACCAGAUUAAAAAGAGACUACAGUGAACUCUGUAGAAAUGCCAUGGCCCAUGUGGAGAACCUGGAAGGGCAGGUGAAGGAACAGGAAGCUUACCACAAUGAGCUUCAGGAAGUAGAGCGCUGGCUGCUCCAGAUGUCCAGCAGGAUGGUGACUCCUGAUCCCGCUGUGGGAGAAAGCCUGGAGGCAGCAACUCAACAGCUGGCCAGGCACAAGGCCAUCAUGGAGGAAAUAGCGGGCUUUGAGGAUCGUUUAGUAGGUCUGAAGGAGCGAGGAGCCCAUCUCGUACAAGGCUGCAGUGACCGUGUGCAGAGCAGACUGAGACAGCAGGUCCAGGCUCACCAGCAAGGCACCAGAGACAGCUACUCUGCCAUCUGUAGCACUGCACAGAGAGUUUAUCAGAGUCUGGAUCAUGAAUUACAGAGACAUGUGAGUCUUCAAGACACACUACAGCAAUGCCAGACCUGGUUGACCUCUGUCUCUGAGGAACCAGAGCCUCCUUCACAUCUUCCUCUUAGCCUGGAGGAGGCGCUACAACAGGUGAAGCAGGAGAGGGCACUCCAGGAACAGGCGAGCACUUACCUCCAGCUUGUGUGCUCAACAUGUGACCUGUCCGAACCGAGGGUCAGAGAGACCGCAGCAGCUAUACAGCAGGUCAAACUGCAGAUUGAGGAGCGUAUGAUUCUUUGUGAGGAGGUAGCGGACAGCUGGAGAGACAUUGAUGAACAGAAGGCAGAUCUGGACGUCCAGCUGAGAGAGACAGAGCAGCAACUUCAGAACCUCAUCAGGAGACCCGCAGAGCUAGAGCCCAAGAUUGCACAGAACCAGCUGGACAAAGCACAGGAGUUCCUUCAGCAGAUUAAGGAGAGACAGUCCGAGGUCACACAUCUGAGUGAAGCUGUUGGUAGGCUGACAGAUGGACAGGUCUCUCCUGCCCUGGAGGAGAUAAGGAGGCUGAGGAGAAGCUGGAUGGAUCUAGGCCAGCGGGCAGAAGAGCUGGAGACGCAGCGGGGGGAGGACAUGCAGAGAAGUGGGGAGUACCAGGAGAUUGUGGUUUCUGUGGAGGAACUUUUCCACCAAGUAUCCAGAGAAUGGGACUACCUUGCCAGGGCUGACACAGAGAGUACAAGUGAGCAUCUAGAGGCUCUCAGGAAGCUGUCCAGUGACCUUGAAGAGCAGAGGGCAACAUUAGAGGACCUCAGAGAUCAGAAACAUGCUAUACUACCUCGACUUAGCCUGCUGGACAAGGAGCUGGUCAAACAGCAGGUGGGUCAUCUUGAGCACCGUUGGGCACAACUUGAAUCUCUGAUUCAACAGAAGAUUCAAGACUCAGCACAGACACUCGAGGAUCUCACUCGCGUCGAAAGCCAGCUGAGGGAUGCCAGGGAAUGGGUGGAAGAACAACGACCCGCUCUUACCUCAGCUCUGAAAACUAGCCCACCCCCUGAUCUGGCCCAGAGUUUCCUGUUUGACCACCUGAGCGUUUGUGUAGAACUGGAGGCUCGUCAGCAGCUGCUGGGUCAGGCUGUGAGUGAGGCCCAGGCUGUGGCUUCCAGACUGGGGCUGAGUGAGAAGAGACGCCUGCAGGAGCUUGUGGAGCAAGCUCAAGCUGAGGUGGAGGCUCUGGGUGCUCGGGUGGCUCAGAGGAGGAAGUAUCUCAGUAAGGCCUUUACAGAAAGGACACAAUUCCUUCAAGGAUUGGGGAGAGCACUCUCUUGGGUACAACAACAAGAAAGGAAGGCUUUGAUAGAUGACCACAUAGCACUGCUCCCUGAGGACUUAUCCAAACAAGUUACUGCUUGUCGAAGUGUCCAAAGCGGUUUACGAGCAUACCAGAGAGAGCUGGCAUCUCUGUGGGUGCAGGGCCGAGAGCUGGAAAGAGAUGCCACUGAUAAAGAGAGAGCAGAAACCCUGUCAAGACUUGAGAAGCUACAGGCAGCAUUUGAAACUGCCCUCCACAGAACUACCCAGCGUCUCACAGACUUAGAGAAAGCCCUGACCUCCAGGAAGUACUUCCAGGUUGACUUGGAUAAGACUUGUCAUUGGUUGAGACGAGCCGAUGCCAUCACCUUCUCUGAAAUCAAUUUAAGCAACGUUGAUGAUAGCUUGGAGCUGCAAACACAACUGUCAAACUUUCAGAAUGUCCUAGAACAAGCUUCGGAGUACGAGAACCUCCUUCUGAUCGUCCAAAGAAUAGGCCAGGAGAUCCUCCCCACUCUAAAUGAGAUUGAUCACUGCUACCUAGACGAGAGGCUCAAUGCUCUGCCUCAGCAGUACAAUGCCAUUCUAGCUCUAGCCAAAGAGAAAAAAGACAGAGUCCAGCAAACAAUCUUAGAGCGAAAAGAGUUCAGCACUUUCUUUGAUAUUACUCGUAAUGCACUGGAGGAGGUUCAGGAGCAGUUUGACAAUCUGGAGAAGCAGACUAUCAGUAUAAGAGAGGAAGAAUUUAAUCAGUUAAUUAAAGAAUACAGAGAUAUUGAUGAGAGUUUACAUCAUAUAAACCAAGCUGUGAGAGAACUGCAUGGCAAAAAUGAAGGAUUUCUUAGUAGGGGUCAGCAAUACAGAGCUGAAGAGACUCAACAGCUAGUGAGUCUCUACAACACUAUGAAAAGGAGAAAUGAUAAGAAAAUUAGACAUUUAGAUAAUUGUUUGAAAACAUUAGUUAAACACAACAGAGUAUCUGCCAAGGUAGACUCAGAGAUAAACUCUGUAAAAGAGAAGCUGGCCAAAUUGAAGUCAGACACAGAAAUAGGUGCCAUGGAUAAAAUCACAAAUCUUUAUACACUGCUUCAAAGUCUGGACUUUGUGAGCUUGCAAGCUGAAGAAUGUAAUGAACAGACUAAAGGCCUUGGUCUAAAGUUUGAUCCCACUGCCUUACAGGAAACUACACUGCAGCUUGAAUCAUUGCAGUCUUUAAGAGGAAAAGUAAAAAGUAUUGUUGGAGAAAGUGAAAUAAGAGUCAAAGAGAGUGAAGAUUUUUCGAGGGAUAUGGAGAAAGUGCUGGAAUGGCUCAGGACUAUCAAGGACAAAUUGAAAAAUCCUUUAACCCUUUCAGAGGUCAAAACUGAGAGGGUGCAGGAGGAGAAGUCUGAACUGAAGAACGUAGAAGAGGAAGUGCAAAGUAGAUUGAGGUUGGGAGAUGUCUUAGAAAGCAGAGAAAAGCAAAGGUACUGUAGUAAAAAAGAGACUGUUCCUGCCCACAUAGAAGAGAAACUGCAGGAGCUGACAAAGCUGGGAGAGGAAGUUCAACAAGAAAUCAGCAAAAAACAGCUGGCUGUGGAUCAGGCCCUUUCCUUGGUGCAGAGGUACCACUUAUCUCUUCAGCAUGAGCAGGCAUGGCUGGACUCUGCUGCAGCUGUGCUCCAGAGGCGCAGCUCAGGGGUGGAGCUUGACAGCCAGACGGAUUGUGUGCAGGACCUGGAAGAGAUUUCAGCCUGGGAAAAGAACUCCACAGCUGUUUUUGAGGAGCUAAAAACUUUGGACAUUCAGCUGGAGGAAUUUAUGCAGGCAGCAGCGAUGACUGAACUUAGAAAAACAGCUGAAGGAGUGCAUCUGAGACAUACAAAAGUCAAACAGCAACUGGAUGCCUACAGAGAGACUCAUCAGAGUUGUGCAGCUCUGUGGACCUCCUUCCAACAUGAAAAGGAGACACUAGUUGAACAAAUGAAUGACACAGAGAGCAAGAUGUCCAUGUUCACCACAGCUAAAGCCAUCAGUGUCGAGCAGGCUGAAGAAAAAUGUCAACGAUACAAGUCUCUGGUGGCUCAUGUCGACCUGCUGGAGUUGCCUCUGAAUACUUUAAAGGAGAAUGCAACAGAGAUAGAGAAGAUCACUUCUGAGUCCGGCAAAGCUAUUAUCAGCCACUCAGUAUCAUCUCUGUGGCAUCGAUGGACACAGCUCCGCAGUGUGGCCCGAGCCCAGGAGAGGGCGCUAGAGGACACUUUGAGGGAGUGGAGCAACUUCACUGAGAGGAUGGAGAAGGUGCGCUCUGUUUCCCAGGACCUCCACAGUCGCGUCCCUGACAGCACGGUUGAGAAAGCAGCCACCAGGGCGGCGCUUCAGAGCCUCCAGGAGUACCACGACUCCUUCAUGCAGGAGGUGGAGAGGGAGCAAUCCAUCCUUGCUCUGCUGGGUCAGCACACUCGCAGCCUCAGGGGAGAGGAGGGGGAGGAAAAGGAGAAAAAGACUGAAAAUGGGCAUGAGGAGACACCUUGUUUAAAAGAGAUAAGAGGCAUGCAGGAGCAAUAUGAUAUCCUCCUGCAGCGAGUACGAGCCAGCAGGGCUCAGGUUCACCAGGAGCUGAGGGAAAGAGAGGAGGUGGAGAAGGAGCUGGGCUUGGUAAAAGGAUGGAUCCAAGAUACUCGUGGCUUACUGCUGAGUCCCACUGCAGACCUGGACUCACUGCUGCAAGAGCUAGAGACGGCACAUGGUGAGGUCAUUAGCAGGCGCCAAAGUGUGGAGCGUAUGACAGAGCUGCAACAAUCCAAGUACCAGGACCUGCAGGCUGGUCUGCCGUCUGAGCUCAGCAUGCAGCUGGCAGAGGUGGCUCUGGCUCUGGGAUCGGCUGAGGACCAGGUCCAGGCAAGGGAAAGGGAGGUGCAGCAGACCAGGGAUGUGAAAGAAGACUUCAGCUCAAGACUCCAGGACAUCAAGGCGAAGCUGAAGACCAUCGCUCUGAAACUGGAAGACAAGAGUGGGGACCUGGAGGAGGCCAAAGAGGAGACCAAAGUUCUUUGUGAAGAGUGCGAAUGCUGUGCUCGCUCUCUGGCGGAGUUGGGUGUUGCAGUGCAGGAGUUUGGAGAGCAGAACCCCCUCCUCUGUAAGCAGCUGGGUGAUGCUGUGGCAAAGCUGGCAGAGAUGCAGCGCCAAACCACACAGCAGGUCCAGGACAGAGCUAACAGGCUGAAGAAGGCAGAGCGACAAGCAGAAGAAUACCAGGGUAUGAAGGUGUUCAUUUUGGGCUGGGCAGAGAAGGCAGAGACUCUGGUCUGCAGUAGUAUCAUCUGGGACUCUGCAUCCCAACUCCAGGAGCAAAUUCGAGCACAUCAGGCUUUGCUGCGGGAAUGUCGAGGUCUCCAUGGUGACUUGGAGGCCAUGGGGGAGAGGGAGGGGCAGCUUGGGGAGGUGUUACAGACAGUGGGCUGGAUCCAGCAGGUAAAACACCUCAGCAGACGCACUGAGGAGCUUCAGCAAACGGCCAAGUCUCGGUUGCAGAGUCUACAGGAUGCAGCAAAGGACAUGAUGCGUUUGGAGGCAGAGGUGAAGAACCUUCAUACUGCUGUAGACCAGAUCCAGGUCACACUUGCCUCCCCUGACCUCAACAGACUCAGCCUCAGGGAACAGCUCACACAAAGACAGCGUCUUUUGGUGGAGAUGGAGGGCUUCAAGCAGCAGGUGGCAGCAGUACAGCAAUGUCAGAGCGCCCUCCGGCUUCCAGAGGAGGUAGUGGCCAGCCUGCCGAUCUGCCGCACAGCUCAGACUCUGCAGCAGGAGGCCAGCCAACUGCAGCAUACCACGAUCCAGCAAUGCAACAUUCUGCAGGAGGCCGUGGUGCAGUAUGAGCAGUAUGAACAGGAAGUGAAGAACCUUCAGAGAUUAAUAGAAGAGGCGCAUCGCAUCAUUCAGGAUCGACCUGUCUCCACCAAUAACAUACAGGAACUUCAGGCUCAAAUACACCACCAUGAGGAGCUGGCCCAGAAGAUCCGCGGCUACCAGGAGCAGAUCGCCUCACUGCACUCCAAAUGUAAGAUGCUGACUGUGAAGGCCAAACACGCCACCAUGCUGCUGACAGUCAGCGAGGUGGAGGGUCUCUCAGACGGCAUGGACGAGCUGAGUGAUGAGGAGCUGCCCAGCGCCGUGGCCACCAAUGACACCGCCUCCGACAAGCAGCUUCCAGCCCACCCCUCUGUUGUCAUGAUGACAGCCGGCCGCUGCCACACGCUCCUCUCCCCUGUGACGGAGGAGUCAGGGGAGGAGGGCACGAACAGCGAGGUUUCCUCUCCCCCUGCCUGCCGCUCCCCCUCCCCAGGGGCUAACGCUGACGCUCCUCUUAACCAGGGUCGAGGUUCGCUUAGCCGAGCCCCCCUCCAAGAACUCUACGACCCCUCCAUGGAGUCAAGUGCUGCUAACCUGGACGAUCUGCAGAGAUCCUGGGAAACACUAAAGAAUGUGAUCAGUGAGAAGCAGAAAAGUCUUUACGAGGCACUGGAGCGUCAGCAGCAUUAUCAGGAGUCCCUGCAGUCCAUUUCUACUAAGAUGGAGUCCAUCGAGGGGGCACUCAAUGAAGGCCUAGAGCCUAACAAGAGCCCAGAGAGCCAGAUGGCUGCACACCAGGCUCUAAUGGACGAGAUCCUGAUGCUGCAGGAUGAGAUUGGUGAGUUACAGACAUGCUUUUCUGAGGAGCUGGCAGACAGCGACAGCGAUGGGGAACCCGGUGAUCAGCUGGCUCUUCAGUCUACUCUCACUGUGCUGGGGGAGAGAAUGGCAACUAUACGAAUGAAGGCUUCUGGGAAACGGCAGCUACUGGAGGAGAAACUGAGUGAGCAGCUAGAAGAGCAGCGACAGGAGCAGGCGCUGCAGCGUUACCACAGUGAGGCUGCAGAGCUUGAUCACUGGUUGCUCAGCACUCGUGCCAGUCUGAGCUCUGCACUACAGCCGCUUAACGAAGACCUAGACAUGGAGGAGCAGCUCACAGACUGUCAGAACAUGCUCUUUGAGAUUGAGCAGAAGGUGUCCUAUCUGUCAGAGCUGUCUGUCCACAGCGAGAGCUUACUGCUGGAGGGUCGAGCCGAGACCAAGGGAGAGGCGGAGCAGCUCACCUUCAAACUGCGCUCCCUCAAAGACAGCCUAGUGGAGCUGCAGCAGAUGCUACAGGACAAACAAGUUGACAUACAGGGUUCAUUGCAGGAGCAGGAAGACAGUGAGACAGACACAUCUCUGUCUCAGAGUCCUAAUGUCCAGGAUUGGCUUUCUCAGGCCAGAUCCACACGUACACAGCAGCACCACGACAACCUACUUCGACAGAGGGAGCUACAGGAGCAGGUAGCUGAACAGAGGCGGCUGCUCCAGUCCGUCGCCAGUGUUGGAGAAGAGUUAAUGAGCCAGACCACACCCAACGGGGACAGUGAGAUGUCAGUCCCAGGAGGAGUGUUGCUGGAGCCUGAGACUUUGUCUCCUUUGGAGCAGCUGAGGCAGCGCUGGGAAAACCUGAAUAAGGAUCAGAGCACAAAGCUACAGCUUUCCCUCAACACACUAGAACAGGACCAGCUGAGCCCGGUUCUCCACCGGUCUCGUCUGUCUAGUCCCAGUAUGGUAUUCAGAGGCGAGCCUGCCACCCAGGAUUCACGCUCUCCCAGAGCUUUGUUUGAAUCCUGCAGCCAGAACCUGGAAAGAAUCUCCCAAGAGGCCACAAAUGGUGACAGUAAACUGAUAGCAGGGACAACAAUCCAGCAGGACCUUUAUGCUGCAGUCUCAGCAGCCUCCUCAUGGUUGGAUGCUGCAGAGAAUCAGCUUCUCUCUGGUCCUGUUCUGCUGUCUGAAGACACAGAGACACAACUUUCAAAUCUAGAGGGUGUUUAUAAACAGCUGAAGGCGAUGAGCAGUGAGGUAAACCUGUGCAGAGACCUUCUGGGUGGAGAAGCAGGUCGUCUGUGUGGAGGAGAUGAGCGAGCCCUGAUGGAGGACACACUGGAGGGUCUCCAGGAGAGGAUGGGACUCCUGGACUCCACCCUGGAGCAACACUGUGACAGCAUGAGGGACCGGCUGCAGGAGCACUCGAGCUUCCAGAAUGAGCUAAGGAUGCUGUUCACGGCUCUGACUGAAAGUAAACACCAGUUGCUGCAGAAGAUGGCUGGGACUGUGGACAGACCUGCAUCUAAACAGAUAGAGACUUUGUCAGAGGUAGAUGAGAGUCUGAGAGAGUUUGAGCAGAGAGUUACAGAACUGAAAACCAGAGCAGAAGGACUCCAGUCCGACCAAAUCUCCAACCAGGAGUUUCUCAAACUACAGGAUGCGUAUGAGGAGCUGGUGCUAAUGGUGGGAUCCAGACGAAGCAGCCUAAACCACGGCUUGUCCCUCAAAGCCCAGUAUGAAGCUGCGCUGCAUGACCUCACAGACCUUGUGGACACAGCUCAGGACAAGAUGGCUGCUGAUCAGAAGAUGACAGUGGCUUCUGUCAUAGAAGUCCAGAUGUUACUAGACAAACACAAAGAGUUUUUCCAGGGGUUGGAAGGCCAUAUGAUCCUCACCCAGACAUUUUACAGCAAAGUUUCUGCUCUGGUGGCACAGAGGGAAAGCCAGGUUCUGGAGGAGACGAUGGCCUUAGCCCACAGUGUGCUCAAACAGGCCCACAGGAGAGGGGUGGAGCUGGAGGGCAUACUGGAGUCAUGGAGCAGAUUUGUGGACGAGUACCAGGCUCUGUGUAGACAGCUGGAAGCUGUGGAGUGUAGCAUCCCAACUGUCGGUCUGGUUGAGGAAACAGAGGAAAGACUCGUUGAAAGGAUCAGUCUCUACCAGCGCCUGAAGUCCAGUCUGACGGAGCAUCAGCCCCAGCUCUACCAGGUCCUGGAGGAGGGCAAGAGGCUCCUUUUGUCAGUCAGCUGCUCAGACCUGGAGAACCAGUUGACCCAGUUGGGAGAACACUGGCUCUCCUCCACCACCAAGGUCAACAAGGAGCUGCACCGCCUCGACUCCACGCUCAAACACUGGAGCAGGUACCAGAGUGAGUCGGCAGAGCUGAGCCACUGGUUGCAGUCGGCUCUUGACCGUCUGGAGUUCUGGACGACACAGUCGGUAACAGUGCCUCAGGAGCUGGAGACCGUCAGGGAUCACCUCUAUGCCUUCCUGGAGUUUUCCAAAGAGGUGGAUGCCAAGUCGUCUCUUCGUUCGUCUGUGCUUAGCACGGGCAACCAGCUUCUACGAUUGAAAAGAGUAGAUACGGCUGGUCUCAGGACAGCUCUGGGUCAGAUUGACACCCAGUGGGCUGAGCUGCUGACUCGUAUUCCUGUGGUGCAAGAGAAGCUACACCAGUUGCAGAUGGAGAAACUUGCAUCACGGCAUGCCAUCGCAGAGCUGAUGAGCUGGAUUUCUCUCAUGGAAAACAUUAUAGAGGAAGAUCAGGACAAAAUUAUGGCAGCUGUUGGCUCAGAAGUGGUCCAGAACUUUUUACAGAAGUAUAAGGGUUUCCGUAUUGAUCUGACUUGUAAACAGUUGACUGUGGACUUUGUAAAUCAAUCUGUGCUGCAAAUCAGCAGCCAGGAUGUUGAGGGAAAGCGCAGUGACAAAACAGAUUUUGCUGAGAAGCUUGGUGCCAUGAACAGACGAUGGCAGAUACUGCAAGGGCUAAUCACUGAAAAGAUUCAAGUUUUGGAAAGACUUUUAGAAGGUUGGUUGGAGCAUGAAAAUGGAGUUCAGGCCUUGAAAACAUGGCUCACACUCCAAGAGGAGAAACUGAAAAAGAGACAUAGGAUAGAGGAUGUAGCAUCGGUGCAGAAUGCACUCAAAGACUGUCAGGAGUUGGAGGAAUCAGUGAAGGAAAAAGAGAAGGAUCUAGAAAAAGCCGAAGAACGAGGGAAUGCACUUAUCCAGGACAAGAAGGAAGCAGCCUGCUCUGUUGUAAAGGAAACCCUUAAAGGACUGAACCAGUCCUGGGCUAACUUGGACAACAUGAUAAGUCAGAUGAAAGUGAGUCUGAAGUCGGUGCUGGAGCAGUGGACGCUAUACCGGCGAGCUUCAGAAGAAAUAAAUGGUUACCUGAUGGAGGGAAGAUACUCCGUGUCUAGGCUACGCCUCCUCAACGGGUCUCUGGAGGCAGUUCAGCAGCAGGUGGAGAGUCUUGAGAACCUACAGGAGGAGAUGGAUAAACAGGAGAGCAGCUUGAGGAAGUUUGGUUCUGUUACACAGCAGCUCUUGGCAGAGUGCCAUCCAUCUGUGGCGGAAACACUCAACAGAGCCCUGCAAGAUGUCAACGUUAGGUGGAAUUGCCUUUUAGAGCAGAUCUCAGAGCAGCAGAGGAGCAGUAAAGUCUUGCUGGGGUUGUGGCAGUCCUACAGGUCAUUGCAUAGCAAGUGUGUUACAGCAGUUCAGAAGCAGGAGGUACGUGCUGACCGGCUGCUGAAGAGUGCCACGGACCGGGAGAUCACAGAGGAGGAGAGCAGUGCCUGGAUCAACGACUGCAAUGCUUGCCUCAGUGAUCAGGCCUCUGUGCAGCAGACCCUCCAGCAGCUACAGGCUUUAGGGGAGCAGCUGAAGAGCCAAGUUGACGCCUCUUCCUCAGCAGCCCUCCAGUCGGACAACCUGUCACUCACACAUCGCCUUGCAACACUGGAGCAUGGCCUUCACAGGCAGCAGGAGAUACUGCAGACUGGAUCUCAGGCUUGUGAGGGCUUCAGAGAGCAGCUGGACACAUUGAUCUGUAAGGCCAAGGAGGCCGAGGAGGUGCUGAAGGAGUCUGACUCAGUCGGGUCACCAGAGCUCAUUGCGGUACAGACACGCAUGGAAAAACUGAAGGUUCACCUGUUGAAGCUCAGCAGUUUGUCUCCAGACCUGGAACGUGUUAAUGAGUUAGUGUACAGACUCCCAGUCAGCGACAGAGAUGUGAAACGGCUGCAAAAUCUCAACAGAUCCUGGGCCACUCACUCUGCUCACCUCACAGAGAGGUUCAGUAAGCUACAGGCGGUGUUGCUCCAGCAGCAGAGUUUCCUCCAGAAGUGCGAGGCGUGGAUGGACUUCCUGUCUCAGACUGAACAGAAAUUGGCUGCUGAGAUCUCAGGAAACUAUCAGAGUCUGCUGGAGCAGCAGAGAGACCAUGAGUUGUUCCAGGCAGAGAUGUUUAGCAGGCAACAAAUUCUGUACUCCAUCAUCAGUGAUGGACAUCGCAUGUUGGACCAGGGACAAAUGGAUGACCGGGAUGACUUCAGUGUGAAGUUGGCCUUGCUGAGCAAUCAGUGGCAGUGUGUCGUAAGGCGGGCACAACAGCGCCGGGGAGUUAUUGACAGUUUGGUCCGUCAGUGGCAGAACUACAGAGAGAUGGCAGAGAAGCUGUCACAGUGGCUUCAAGAAGUGACAAGAGAUCCAGAUGUUCAUCAGGCAGGAGAGCCGGUCGCCCUGCAGCAAGCCAGGAAUCUGUUAGAUCAGAUACAGCUAAAGGAGCGGGUGCUGCAGAGGCAGCAGGGAGGCUACAUCCUGACAGUGGAGGCUGGCAGGAGCCUGCUGUUAUCUGCUGACCCCAAAGCUGAAUCCACCCUGCAGACAGAGCUAAUGGAGAUUCAGGAGCGAUGGAGGCAUGCUCACCACCGCCUGGAGCAGCAGAGGAGGGAGCUGCACGGCCUGCUUAAGAACUGGGAGCGAUGCGAGAAAGGAAUAACUGCGUCACUGGAGAAACUGAGGGCCUUUAAAAGGAAGCUGUCUGUGCCACUGCCUGAUCACCAUGAGGAACUACACUCAGAGCAAAUCAGAUGCAAGGAGUUGGAGAACAGCGUGGAGGGCUGGACUGAUGACCUCACUUCCUUGUUCCUGCUGAGGGACUCCUUGGAGGGUGUGGUCAGCGGGGAUGACAUCACAGUCCUACAGGAGCGCCUCCAGCUGCUUCAGCGACAGUGGGAGGAGGUCUGCCACCAGCUUUCCCUGCGCAGGCAGCAGGUGAGCGAGAAACUGAACGAGUGGGCCGUGUUCAAUGAGAAGAACAAGGAGCUAUGUGAAUGGCUCACACAGAUGGAGAGCAAGGUCUCUCAGAAUGGAGACAUCAGCAUCGAAGAGAUGAUUGAAAAGCUGCGCAAGGACUACCAGGAGGAGAUCAGCGUAGCUCAGGAAAACAAACAGCAGCUGCAGGUCAUGGGCGAUCGGCUGGCGAGGGCCAGCCAGGACAGCAAGGCGGCUGAGAUCCAACACAAACUCAGCAAAGUGAGCGAGCGCUGGCAACACCUGCUGGACCUUAUCGCUGCCAGGGUGAAGAAGUUGAGGGAGACCCUGGUGGCCGUGCAGCAGUUGGAUAAAAACAUGAGCAGCUUGCGAUCGUGGCUUUCACACAUCGAGACAGAGCUGUCCAGACCAAUCGUGUACGACAUCUGUGAUGACCAGGAGAUUCAGCGGAAACUCAACCAGCAGCAGGAGCUGCAGAGGGACAUAGAAAAACACAGCACAGGUGUGGCGUCAGUGCUGAACCUGUGUGAAGUCCUACUGCACGACUGUGACGCCUGCUCCACAGAGACGGAGUGCGACUCCAUCCAGCAGGCAACCCGUGGGCUUGACAGACGCUGGAGGAACAUCUGUGCCAUGUCCAUGGAGAGGAGGCUUAAGAUUGAGGAGACGUGGAGGUUGUGGCAGAGAUUUCUGGAUGAUUACUCCAGGUUUGAGGACUGGCUGAAGACCUCGGAAAGAACAGCGGCUCUGCCCAACUCCUCUGGAGUUCUUUAUACUGUUGCCAAAGAGGAGCUUAAAAAGUUUGAGGCCUUUCAGCGGCAGGUGCAGGAGUGUCUGACACAGCUGGAGCUCAUCAACAAACAGUAUCGUCGUCUGGCCCGUGAAAACCGCACAGACUCCUCCUGCCGACUCAGAGAAAUGGUGCAUGAUGGGAACAGGCGAUGGGAUAACUUGCAGAAGAGGGUGGCAGCCAUCCUACGAAGACUCAAGCACUUUAUCGGUCAGAGAGAGGAGUUUGAGACGGCUCGAGACAGUAUCCUGGUGUGGCUGACAGAGAUGGAUCUCCAGCUGACAAACAUCGAGCACUUCUCUGAGUGUGACGUUCAAGCCAAGAUAAAACAGCUAAGGGCGUUCCAGCAGGAGAUCUACCUGAACACGGGGAAGAUCGAGCUGGUGUUCAGACAGGGUGAAGCUCUGAUAGAGAAGAGUGAACCUCUGGAUGCUGCCGUCAUUGAGGAGGAGCUGGAGGAGCUGCAGAGAUACUGCCAGGAGGUGUUUGGACGAGUCGACAGAUACUACAAGAAACUCACGCGACUACCUCUGGCCGAUGAUGAGCUUGAUGGCUCGGACAGAGAGCUGGACAUGGAGGAAGGUGGCGAUCUCUCUGAAUUGCAGUGGGGUGACUCCUCCCUGCCCCGCCCAUCCAGCCGGCCAUCCUCUGGUACGGCUGCACUUAUCCGGGCAGACCGCUCGGGACGCGACACGCCUGCCAGCGUGGACUCCAUCCCGUUGGAAUGGGACCACGACUACGACCUGAGCAGGGACCUGGAGAGCCCAGGAGGACGGGGGCACAGGGAGAGGAGACGAGGGCAGGAGGAGGAGGAGGAGGAAUAUCUGAGGACGGCGACCACAGUACUGUCAGAUGUAGUUAUCCCAGAGAGCCCAGAGGCCUAUAUAAAACUGACCGAGAAAACACUGAAAUCAUCCUCUGGUGAGCCAGGUCAGCUCGAGGCGAGUCUCAGACAGCUGGAUCAGGCUCUGGAUGCAGGACGGUUUCACCUGCAGCAAAGAGAGGCAUCUGCCAACAGCUCCAGCCCAGACAUGGACUCUACCUACAUGGGCUAUAUGCGUCUGAUGGGUGAAUGUCGAGGCAGUAUCGAUGCAGUGAAGAGAGCGGAGGGAGAACUGACUGAGGACGAGGAUGACAUGCCAGGCUUAAACCCCACCAGCACAGACGCUCAGAGUGCAGGUGUGAUUGAGCGCUGGGAGCUGAUCCAGGCUCAGUCUCUGAGCACAGAGAAACACAGGCACAAACAGAACCUGCAGCAGUGGCAGCAGCUGAUCUCAGACCUGCAGACCAUGAGGGCCUGGUUGGGUCAGUCUGAGGCUGAACUGAGCCAAUUGCGAGGGCUGGAGGUCAGCACCGACAUUCACACCAUCCAGCAGAGGAUCAAGAAGCUUAAGGAACUGCUGAAGGGGAUGGACUCUCAUAAGUCCGAGGUCCUGUCUAUCAACCUGAGCAGCGCAGACUUCCUCCAAUCAGAGCCUGACUCUGAGGAGGCGUGGGCACUCAGGGACGGCCUGAAGGAAAUGAAUGCACGUUGGGAUCGACUCGGUACCUCCUUGGAGGACUGGAGGGAGGAGCUGCAGAGGGCGCUGAUGCAGUGCCAGGAGUUUCAUGAGAUGAGCCAUGGUCUGCUGCUAUGGUUGGAGAACAUCGACCGCAGGAGGAACGAGGUGGUGCCCAUCCCUCCUAAAGUGGAUCAUAAAACAUUACGAGCUCAUCAUAAAACUCUGACGCAAAUCAAGCGUGAGCUGCUGGACUCGCAGCACAAAGUGUCGUCUCUUCAGGAGCUCUCGGCUCAGCUUCUCGUCAACACCAAGCCUCAGACUGUGACACAGCAGCAAGUCUCCGAGCAGGUCUGGGAUCAGGGUAGUGAGUGCCUGGAGGCUCAAGAGAAGGUUCAUGUGAUCCUGAACAGACUGAGACUGCUCCUGCGGGAGGUCAGCUCCGACCUGGAGGAGCUGGAGAGGAGACUGGAGUCUGUGGACACCCGACAGGAUUGUUUACCGCCGCCUGUUGGGAAAAUAGAAACGUGUGGAUCAGCUGCUCCUGUGGCAGAGGCGUCCGUCCAAAGUCGCAAACGAUUGCCCCGAGGCAAAAGUAGUCAGGCCCACGCAGGACACCCUGAGAGCGGCCAACGCCACAGAUCAACAGGCGCCGCUGGCUGCGUUUCCUCCCAUUCUGACCUUCCAGACGGCAUCUCCUCCUCUUCCUCGUCCAAAGGCCCAUCCUUCCUGCUGCGGGUCCUUCGAGCCGCGCUCCCCGUCCAGCUGCUGCUCCUCCUCCUCAUCGGCCUGGCUUGCCUGGUGCCCAUGACGGAGGAAGACUACAGCUGCCACCACGCCAACAAUUUCGCCCGCUCCUUCCAUCCCAUGCUGCGCUACACUAACGGACCUCCGCCCAUAUGAGACGCAGCAGCAAAUACGUACGUUCUGCUUUGCCAAGGACUCCACUGACUCCUGUGAAUGUCUCCUCUUCACCCUGUGCCCUAACAUGAAAAACUCAAGCUCGAGCAUGAUGAAGUGACUCGGGGUCCAUAUGAAGACUCACCAACAUUGCACACACAUCUGAAACCCCCUUUAAAGUCACUCCAGAGUAAACGGACAUUCAUCUGGAGACCCCUCCCCUGCUCCCCUAAUCCAAAUAUUUCAUGUUGUUUUAACUUAGAUGUAUUUUAUUUUUAAAUCAAUGAAAACAAAGCACUAUUUAUAUACUGUAUGUUGGGAGCCAAAGUCGACUGUGCUUUUUGUCCAUGAUACCCAGUGCUGCUACUAUUUAUUGAGUAUUCAAUCAGUUGAUUGGUAGUUUUGAUGAAGCUAAAGCACCACCAUAAGUGUGGGAUGUUUUACCUUAAAACUGUUCAGGAGAUGUGCAGAUUGAGUGCAGAAAUAUUUAAAAGUUAAGCCGGCUUAAAGCACUGACAUGAGCACUGUCGAAGGUACUGCACUGAAGCCGUCCAGCAAAGAUGGCCGACUUCUUUUCCCUAGGCUUGUAUUCCUGUUUUUAUUUCAGUAUUUAAUCAAUGGGGCAUUAAUUUAAAAAACAAAAAAGUUAAGAGCUCCCUUGUUUAAAAAAAAAGAACUUCAGCUGAUUUGUAUAUUAUUGUUAAAAUGCUUUUGAAUACAGGCAGUUAUUUUUUUAUCUUUUGUUUGUUUGAGCAUGCACUUAAAAUCCCCUGCUUUUAAGAAAGCGAAACAAUCACUGGUAGUGUUUUAGUAGAUGGCUGUGACCUGGAAUAGUGUGCUUUGUAAUAACUACGAUAAUUAUUCAGCGGUGAUAAGAAGUUUAAAUCACCGUGUUGUUAAAACAGAAUCUGUAAAAAAUGAUCAAAUAUGAAAAUGUUAUUUAUGUAUGUACAGUUUGCUAAUGCUGACUUCAUGAAGAAUACUCUUUGCAAAUAAUAAAACAUG